GGGGGGGGGAUAACAUAGAUUUAAGCGAUAACUGAUAACAGUCCAUCUUAUUUGGAGCACAAACAGGACGGAAAUCAUCCGGUUAAUCUAAGCACAACAAUGGUUGUCACUUUAAAUGCGGAGGUAAAUCCGGAAAGCUGCCAGCUUUAAAAGGGGCUGAGGAGUUGCCUUUGUAGAAUCCUUUUUAUGCAGGGACCCUUCCAUUAUGUGCUCCACUUCUCCUUGCACCCCGCUCCUAAUACUUCCCCCUCCAUCCACCCACACCCCUCCCCUCCCCGCUCACUUCCACUGCACACAGUAAAUCCAGAGCCUGCAGUGCCUGAUCGAGCCAACCCAAAAGAUCCAUAAGCGGCAAUAGUAAACUCGUGGCUUUUCAUAGGGGGGAAAAACGACCGGACCACAAGGCAGUGAGGGCAGCCUGACCUGGACAAGUUGAGCAAGGGUCAAAUUCUGUGAUUGAACUGGGAGAAAAAUCUCUUUUUUAAAAAAGAAAAAAAAAAUCCUCUUCAGCAGAGCACCAGCUGGUCCCGAGCUUGAAAGCAGGAGAGGAGAGUGAAGAGGGGCUAGACAGCAGCAGAAAGGAGCAGAGAAAAGUGACUGGAAUGAUAAGAUGAGAAGCAGGCAUGUGCUGCUGAAGCCUUCCCCUAAUGAGGCCCUCCUGGAACUCGUGCUUGUGUUGUGCCUGGGGUUGCGCGUCCUGGCUGUGUGUCCCUCCGAGUGCUCCUGCACCCACAGCCACCGGGAGGUAGACUGCUCCUGGAGGAGUCUGAGGCAGCUGCCCGAAGGCUUGCAGUACAACCUACUCUCCCUUAACCUGUCCCACAACCGACUCCACAACCUGGGCGGUGAGCUCGCCGCGUACACCCACCUCCGCAUCCUUGAUUUGUCCCACAACAGACUGAGCCAGCUGCCCAAGGACUUGCCUCGCUCCCUCUGGCAGCUCCACGCCGCCUCCAACCACAUCCAGCUGCUGGACAAGAAUGACACGGCCUACCAGUGGAAUCUGCGGAUGCUUGACCUGUCCAGCAACAAGCUGGAGAGGGCCAUCUUCAUCAACAACACGCUGAUCAAUCUGUGCACACUCAACCUGAGCCGCAAUCACUUCUGGACUCUGCCCACCAACCUGCCUGCACACCUGGAGACCAUCGACCUCUCCCACAACUUGCUCGUGAAGGUGUUGCCGGGCUCUCUAGACCGGCUCGCCAGGCUGACUCACUUCCACCUGCAUGCUAACCGCUUCUCCACGCUGCCCACUGGAGUGCUGGACAAGGUGACAUCUCUCAGAGUCAUCACUUUGGGAAGCAACCCAUGGGCCUGCCACCUUUAUGAAAACAUCAGCUACUUAAUGUCCUGGACUCAGCAGACCCCCGCACGCGUCCUGGGUUGCCCCUGCCACACCCAGCCAGUCUGCGGAGGGGUGCGGUCCAACAAAACUGGUGGGUGGCACUUUGCCUCCUACAACUUGCCCCCUCUGGCUGCCAGCGCCCAAGACGUGAGCUCCACCCUGCACGCCCCCAGAGAGACGUCAAACACACAGCGCCACACCUUCACAGCCAGGCCCAUCACGGGCUCCCACCUAACUAUUAAUCACCUUUCUGCCAGCGCGAGCCCAGGUGACGCGGAUCACAUGUGGCACCCUGAUUCCCAUCUCAUCUCCUCGCCCACCGACUCACUCCACAGCACUGACACAUCCUCUUUCUCCGACGCGGGUCUCAUUACCGAAACGUCCGACAGGGACGACAACAUGGGGCUAGACACAGACCAAUUCUUUACAACCGAGAGUUCCUCGGUCCAGACAAAGAAGACCACCACUCUUCGCACCAGGAGUGUGAGGAGGCAAAAUCAGCCCCCGUCCGGAAGCACCGGCAACAACAGCCCGACUCUGGCUCGCUCUUUGCACCCUUUUUUUUGUAACAUGGGGCUACUGACUCUCAUUCUUUCUCAUGUCCUCUGAAAGACAGAUGAAAAACUCCAGAAUAUACAGCACAAGCAAAUAAACACACACGCACAAAAAUUUUGAAGUUCUAUCAUGUUUAAGAGUUUUCCUCAACACAGAAGGCCAGUUACAACACAAAUUUCAGGCUGCAUGAGCAAGCGCAAGUGUCUUUAUUUGUGCUCCCCUGCGUAGAUGCUACUUUUUUGAUGUAAAAAAAAAAAAGAAGGAAAGAAUUCUUUUACUUUUCUAAUGACCCUUUUUUACGAAGCUCUCCUCAAAUGUCACUGCUUUAAACUAAAAAAAGGUUGUAAUGAAUGUAACUAAGCACAUGAUGGCACUGUACAUUCAGGUACCAGUUUGUUAUGUAACUGGAUGCCUGGCGCUCAUCUGCAGUGGCUAUUUCAAGGCUGUCCAAGGUGCUUUUCAUUUCACAUUAUGGCCCACAUAUGAUUGUGCAUAUUUUAUAUUUUUUACAUUGAGUGGAUUUGUUAAUACUGUCCUUUUUCCCAUAUGUUUUAUUUUAUUUUAUUUCAUUUGGCAUUCAAAGAAAUAUCACUUCUGCCUAUAUCAGUCAAUGUCCUCGAUGCCUGCCCUUUGUUUCAUGUAACAAACCAUAUCAAUCCACAGGGAAGCAAUCUUUUCUGGCUACAGGUAAACAAAGGAUGGAUAAAACUGGUCGUGUCAUGUGUGCGACAGGAAACAACAGAGACUCCGCGGAGCAGAGGGCAAACUAAUGGACAAUGUCGACAAACUCAGAGUGCCGAUGCUGCUUCUGCAUUUCGAUCACAUCUCAGACUUAAGUGUCCUUCAUGACUCAGUGCCGCUAGUGAAAAUUAUCUGCAUGGUGAUUGGACGCUCCGGGAAUGCUAACUUACUGGUAUAUAUUGCCGCAGAGCAUUAAAGCGCAGACAUUUUCAGCUUCCUUAUAUGAAAUGUUAAGAUAUUCAUCAAGCAGCAGCGAGGCGCAGGCUACGGACUCUUUAUAUGUUUCAGUAUCAUGUUUGCAUAUGGAACCAAAAGGCCUGCAUUUUAGGAGAACUAGCUGCAUUAUAUUAGUUUAUUGUUGGGCAUUUCCUGCAGUGUUAAAUAAACCUGAGCUAUUUGCACCUUC